UAUAUGCUACGCUUGCUUUCUAUACUUUUUAUGCUUUCUAUAUACAGUAAGGCUCAAUGGUGGAUUUGUAGUGAUUUGUAGUUAUGAUGAAUGUAAAUAAUGAAUAAAGUGAUACAAAAUUUGUGAAAAUAUAGUAUAAAAAUACAUUUUAGCAAGUGUUCUUUAACUAAGAAAACAUGGGUCGCCGUUCAAUUAACACCACGAAAAGUGGGAAAUAUAUGAAUCCCACUGAUCAAGCACGUAAAGAAGCACGUAAAAAAGAAUUAAAGAAAAAUAAAAAACAAAGACAACUAGUAAGAGCAGCUGUUUUGAAAGGCAAAGAUCCUGCUCAAAUUAUUGAAGAAAUGGAGAAAAUAGAUCAAAUGGAGUACAAUGUCAUGCAACCUCCACCACUUAACGAGAAAGUCUUGAAAGAUAAAAGAAAAAAGCUGAAGGAAACCUUAGAUCGUGUAUUGAAAAUGUAUGCAAAAGAUGAUCAGGAAAAGUGGGCAGAAUUAAAAGAGCAACUAAUACAGUAUGAACGUAGAAGGAUAGAUUUGGUUUCUUAUUUUGAAGCCGUGCGACAUGCACAGCAAGUACAAGUUGAUGAAAUUCCUCUCCCAUCAGCUGGCACUGAUAUAUCUAGAAUGUAUUCUGGUUCUUUAACGUCGCAAAUACCUUUACCAGACAUGCCACAGCCACCGGCACACAUGUAUCCUCCCCAUCCACACUAUAUACCACAACAUCAUCCACUUAUGAACAUACCAAUACCACCAAGUAUUUUGAAAAAAACAAGUGCAUAUGCAUCAUCUCCUUCUGCACCACUGUUAGCUCCUAAUAAAGAACCACCUGGUGUACCACCUUUUCCACCUCCUGAUUUAUCUAGUGAUGAAGAAGAUUCUCCUGAAAAGGGUAAAGAAGCAGUACCAAAGUCUAGGACAAUUCGAUUUGCAGAUGAUAAGGAAGAAAACAAGCAAGAAUCGGAUAACAAAGAAAAAGAGACAGAUAAAGAGAAAGAAAAAGACAGAGACAUGUCAAAAGUAAAGCCAACUACUUUGCAGCAGAAAAUGUUGGCUAUGGCAGGCCAAGAUAUUGACCAAUUCAUGCGUGAAAUGGAAGUUGUUCAUAAAAAACGAGAAACCGAACGAGCUCAAGAUUUAAAUGCUCGAUUGUCAUUACUUGAAGCAGAAAAUGAAUCUAAUUCAAAAUCUAAUAACAAAUCUAACAAUAAUAAAACAGACGAAGAAGAUCUUGAACCUCCAGGAGCAUCGGAUCACUCAUCGAAUCAUAAUCAGCAUACAUCUUCACAUUCUCAUUCUCAACAUACGCAACCUCAUGCAAUGCCUCCUAUGGGAAUGCCGCCUCAUCCUUUAAUGUAUAGGCCACCACCACCACCAUUGCAUUUAAGAAUGCCUCCACCACCACCACCUCGAAUUGGAUUACGUUUACCUCCUGGUCCUCCACCAGGAAUGCCAAGGAUGUUGAGACCUGGACCACCAAGUAUGCCCAGAAUGCCCCCUCCACAAAUGCAAAUGCCAAACCUAUCAAAUAUGACAAAUAUAGGAAAUCCUCAAAUGCAGACACAAUCUGCAACAGGGUCGCAACCCAAAACACCUAAUGUUCUUUCUGCUGCGCCACAAUUAAUUAAUAGGAAAGAUAAAGAUGGAAAAAGUACCACAACUAUCGAAGCUAAGCCACAAAUUAGAAAUUUAGCUGCUGAUGUUACAAGAUUUCUGCCUACUUCUCUGCGUGUGAAGAGAGAUGAUAAGAAAAAACCAAGUACUUUAUCUAGACUUACGGAAAGAAUACCGGAAACGCAACCGUUACGAACAACUCAACCCAAGACUAAAGAUGAUGCAUACAUGCAGUUUAUGCAAGAGAUGGAAGGAUUACUUUAAAUUUAUAUUACAUUGUAACACAAGUUUAUUAAG